AUGGCCUCUAGGCGACUGGCGCUCAACCUGAAUCAGGCUUUGCGUAGUCGCGCGGCCCUCAAAUCAAUUCAGCCCAUAAGAGGUUUCGCAACUCCAAUCCACCAGGGCAUCAAUACCGAAAGCACAACUCUAUCCAACGGACUGACCAUUGCUACUGAGCAUUCUCCAUGGGCACAAACCUCUACUGUUGGUGUCUGGAUCGACGCAGGAUCAAGGGCAGAGACAGACAAGACCAAUGGCACAGCUCACUUCUUGGAGCACCUGGCAUUCAAGGGUACCAAGAAUCGAACACAGCAGCAAUUGGAGCUUGAGAUUGAAAACAUGGGAGGCCACUUGAAUGCGUACACUUCUCGUGAAAAUACCGUCUACUAUGCCAAGUCCUUCAACUCCGAUGUCUCUGCUACAGUCAACAUACUCUCGGAUAUUUUGCAAAACUCCAAACUCGAGCCCCAAGCCAUAGAGCGAGAACGUGAUGUGAUUUUACGAGAACAAGAGGAGGUCGACAAGCAGCUCGAGGAAGUCGUCUUUGAUCAUUUGCAUGCCACCGCCUUCCAAGGUCAACCUUUAGGGCGGACCAUUCUGGGACCAAAGGAGAACAUUGCGAGCAUCCAGCGGGAUGACUUGGUCGGUUAUAUCACGAAGAAUUAUACUGCCGAUCGUAUGGUCCUGGUCGGCGCUGGUGGUGUCCCUCACAAGCAGUUGGUGGAGCUUGCGGAGAAGUACUUCUCCAAUAUACCAAUGGAACCACCAACUAGAGCAGCUGCCUCAAGUGCUGCCGCUCAAAAGCAAAUACCUGACUUCAUUGGCUCUGAAGUCCGAGUGAGAGACGACACUAUCCCAACAGCAAACAUCGCCAUUGCAGUUGAAGGUGUGAGCUGGAAAGACGAUGAUUAUUUUACCGCGCUGGUCACGCAAGCAAUCGUCGGCAAUUGGGAUAGGGCAAUGGGUAAUUCUCCCUACCUUGGCAGCAAGCUCAGUACCUUCAUCCACGAGAACAAGUUGGCAAAUAGCUUCAUGAGCUUUUCUACCAGUUACAGUGAUACAGGGUUGUGGGGCAUAUACCUUGUUACGGAGAACAAAACUCAAAUCGACGACCUUGUCCAUUUCACCCUUCGAGAGUGGUCCCGUCUUUCCUACAACGUUACUGAAGCCGAAACCGAACGAGCAAAGGCUCAGCUCAAAGCUUCCAUCUUGCUCUCCCUUGACGGCACUACAGCCGUCGCGGAAGAUAUUGGCCGCCAGAUCGUCACCACAGGCCGCCGCAUGGACCCAGAGGAGGUAGAGAGGGUAGUCGGUAGUAUAAGCGAGAAGGAUGUCAUGUCUUUUGCGAGGAGGAAACUUUGGGAUCAAGAUGUGGCAAUCAGCGCUGUGGGGAGUAUCGAGGGUUUGUUGGACUACAACCGAAUUAGGAACGACAUGAGCCGCAAUGCCUAA